AUGAUUACGUUCUGCAUUCUACAUCAUAACGCUCAGGCUGUUUUGCCAAAUUAGUACUGAUAUUUUAGUAAUAUGUGCAAUACAUAGUGUUUUAUAAGAAUAUUGUGAUCAAGUAUCAAAACUCCUUCCAAUUGAAUGAAGCGACAAGCGUAACGUCAAAAAUAUUGACGUCAAAUAUAUUAGUCUAUGACGUCAAAGUCGACAACACAGAAAUGUCAAAACAAAGAUCGAGGAUCGCCGGAAUUUGAAUAAAAUUUAAUUUAAUUUUGUACCAAAGAGUGAUAUUUGUAUUCUCUUCGAUAAGUUUAGAAAUAUCGCACGUAAUUCAUUUUAAUAAACGUAUAAAAACAAUAAAAUGGCUGCCAUACUCGGAGGAGGACUCGGCGGACUCUCCGCAGGUUAUUAUUUACUUAAAAACAACGUAACUACUAACAGCAACCUGAAAUUAUACUUACUAGAAGCAACCAGCUACUGUGGUGGAUGGAUUAAGUCUAUCAAAAAUAAAGAUUAUAUUUUUGAACAAGGCCCUCGCACUAUUCGGCCGAAGGGCAUUAUGGGACUCAAUACUUUAAAUAUGAUGGAGGAUUUAGGCCUAAGUGAACACGUAGCACCUAUAAAACCCGACCAUCCGGCCGCUAAAAACAGAAUGAUCUAUGUACGCAACAGUUUACAUGUCCUACCAUCCAGUUUGAAGGGUGUGUUUAAAAAAAAUGAGCCAUUUUCUAAACCUCUAAUUUACGCUUUAUUCAAUGACAUAAAACAGCCUCACAAGGAGUUGAGUGACGAUUCGAUUUACAAUUUCGUUGAAAGGAGGUUUGGCAAAGAAAUAGCUGAUUAUGCAAUAUCCCCAAUGAUUUGUGGGAUAUGUGCUGGCGAUGCAAAGGAAAUAUCAGUAAAAUUCCUUCUCAAAACAUUGUUUGAAUGGGAACAAAAUCAUGGUGGAGUUGUGAAAGGUUUAAUGAAGUCAUUGUUCAAGACAAAAAAUGAUGAUAAUUUAGAACUCAGUGCUUUAGCAAGGAGGGCUCAGGAGGAGAAAUGGAGUGUUUAUACAAUUAAGGGAGGAUUACAAACAUUCCCACACACAUUACACAAUUAUCUCAAAGAGAAUGAUGUUGAUGUAAACCUUAAUACUAGAGUAGAAGAGAUAGAAUUUGUGGAUUCAGGAACAGUGUCUUUGAAAAAGACUGAUGGAGAGGUAUUAAAUGCCAACCAUGUUUAUUCUUCUAUACCAGCAUAUUCUUUAGCCAAUUUAGUACAAAAACAACACCCAAAACUAGCACAAAUCUUGAGAGACAUACCAUUUGUUACAGUUGGUAUUGUUAACUUAUAUUUUAAGACAGAUAAACCACUAAUUACUCCUGCAUUUGGUUUCUUAGUCCCUCCAAUAGAGAACUCUCCUAUUUUAGGAGUGGUAUUUGACUCCUGUUGCAUACCUGAUCAAAAUGGAACAGUACUAACAGUAAUGCUUGGUGGAAGAUGGUUUGAGCAGAAGUUUGGAAAUAAUGUAACUGAGGAGAAAUUGCAGAAAAUAGCCAUAAAAGAAAUAAGUGGAAUAUUGAAUAUCAAAGAAACUCCAACUGCUUGUAAUGUUAAUAUUUUGAAACAAUGUAUUCCUCAAUAUGUAAUUGGGCAUUACGAAAGAGUUGAGAAGAUUAGAAAUUAUAUUUUAAACAACAAUUUACCAAUUUCUUUAAUUGGUUGUAGUUACGAUGGUGUGGGCAUUAAUGAUGUUAUAUAUUCGGCUAAGACUCAAGUUGAAGAAGACUGUCCUUAGCUUAAGAAUUGUGCUUGAUUAUAUCGUAAAUAUUUAAUGGCAGUGUUAGCUUACAGUGGCAAGAGGUGAAAUUUUCCAAAACGGAAUCUGAUACAACAGUACGAAUAUGCAUGAAUGCAGCGCAGCUCAAGUGAUUUUAAACUAAUUUUUAUACUUUUAGUAUAAUAUUUAUAGACUGGUCGGCCAUUUGUAUAAGCUUAGUUGACUGCAGGUGAAGUAUAAAUGGUAUGGGCAAACACUACGCGCCGUUUUACUACAUCAAUAAUAUGAUUAGAACUAAAUUAUACAACAAUGAAGAUAGAAUGCAGUUGCUCUACCAUUUUUACUGAUGCAAGGUAAUCAGCAUUGUCAUCAAGGGCAUCGCCAAGGGAGUGUAGGCAAGGGUAGCUAACCCCCCUGAAGAUCCAAAAAAAGUUGCCAAAUUUAAAGCAAUCAAAGUCCUAAGUCUUUGACUUGACUUACUUGAUUGAUCAUUCUCAAUGUUGAAACUCGAAUGAAUAUACUGCAAUUCCAUUCCUAAUAUUCGAUACACUCAAUUACAUUCUGCUCUGUUAUUGUUAAAGUAGGAGAGGGGCAGUGGGGGAGGAACAUGUAUAUGUCUCAACUUCACUUACAAUUCAAACUUUUUUCAUUCUCCAUAUUAAUUGCCCCCUUCUGGGCCAUCGGCUGGCGACGCCCUUGAUUGUCAUUGACCUCCUUGGAUCCACUACUAUAUUGUAACUAUUAAUGUAAUGUGGUGUCAAUGGUUUUUGUUAUUGGUGUUUGAGUUUAAGUUAUAUAUUUUAAACAAUAUAUUACAUUUUGUGUUUUUUAUUU